AUGUUAGAAAUCAAUAGAGCAGUAUCAAAAAUUCUUCAAUUAUUGUCGAACAUAGUUAUGGGAGGUACUCGAUCCAAAAUUGUUUUGUACAAUGGAAAAGGAGAAAAAAAAGUCGAACUUGAUGGACCUGCUAUGAAUCAUUGGAUUCUUGGCAUGAGGGAAUGUCAAAACAACAUAGCAGACUUGGUGGAUCAGGCUAAAGAGCAUGUCGGAAUUGAUUCGGACACUCCCCUUUUAGCUUUGGGAUUAACAUUAAGUGGCUGUGAAGAAGAUGAAACGAAUGAAAUAUUUAAAAUUAACCUUUUUAAAGAAUAUCCUUGUAUGGCAAAAAAUUAUUUCAUUGGGAGCGAUACAUUAGGAGCUUUGGCAGUUGCACAUGAAGAUGGUGGUCUUGUCUUAAUUGCAGGAACUGGUUCUAAUGCUUUACUCAUCAAUCCAAAUGGGACAAAAAAAAGUUGUGGUGGUUGGGGAUAUUUUAUGAGUGACGAAGGCUCUGCAUUUUGGAUAGCUCAUACUGCUUUGAAAUUAUAUUUUGAUGAAAAAGAUAAUUUGAAAUCACCUCCUUAUUGUACAGAUUAUGUUUGGGAUUGUAUUCGAGAGCAUUUUGGUGUUAAAACCAGGUAA